AACCUGGUAAAAGCUUACCAGAAGUGUACCGUUGUGUAUACAAAGUUCGAAGUCGUUUACUUGCUUGCAAGAAUCUUGAACUUAUUCAAACCAGAUCAUCAUCACAAGACAGAUGGAUCUCAGAAAACCAAGAUUCUGCAGAUGUUGAUCCUCAGGAGCAUUCAUUUACCCAGACCAUUGAUGAAGAAGCUGAAAUGGAAGAACAGGCAGAGAGAGAUCGGGAAGAGGGCCAUCCAGAACCAGAGGAUGAGGAGGAAGAACAGGAACAUGAAGUGAUGACAGCCGGCAAAAUCUUUCAGUGUUUCCUCUCAGCCCGUGAAGUAGCUCGUCGCCGAGACCAAGAUAGAAUGAACAGUGGGGCAGGGUCUGGGGCUCGAGUUGAUGAUCCACCUCCUCAGUCUCAGCAAGAGCGAAGGGUGAGCGCAGACCUACCCCGAGGGUCAGGACGUGUACACCGCUGCCUGCAACUCUGUGAUCCACCGCUGUGCCCUGUUAAUACUAGGAGUAAGUCCUGUGAUUGAUGAGCUUCAGAAGCGGAGGGAACAAGGACAGCUGCAGCAGCCUUCUGCGAGUACCUCUGAAGGGGGUGGACUGAUGACCAGGAGUGAAAGCCUUACUGCAGAGAGCCAGCUAAUCCAUGCAAGUCCAAAUCAUAGACUGAUCAAAUCGAGGAGUGAAUCUGAUUUGUCUCAGCCUGAAUCAGAUGAGGAGGGUUACACACUUGUAAGUAAACCUAGAUUUA